ACAAAAAAAGUAAUCACAAAAUACUAAGUCUUUCGUCGAAAAUUUAAUUAUUUAGACAAGAAUGGAUUAUGAAAACGAGAAAUUGCUAAAGUUAAUUUUUCCGAACGGUGUUCCAGAACAUCUUCGUGAAAAUCCGGAGCUAUUGGCCCAGAUCUACAAACUUGGUUCAUACAAAGUCGAUCAAAUUAAAAAGGAAGAAUCUCGUUUGGCCGAAGAUAACAAAGCCGUCGUUGAGCAAACACAAGAUUUAGCGAUAAGUAACUAUAAAACAUUCAUUCAGACAUCAGAAUGUUCGCGACGUAUCUAUACAGAGUUCAAAGACACCGAACAACAAUUGGAUCAUUUGAUAGAUAAAUUGCCAAAUUUAACGGAGAAAUGUGAGAAGUUCAUUAAAACAUCUAGUGAAAUAGCAACAUCGCGUCGUCUCAACUCGUUGACUCUGCGACGGAAUGCACAAUUAUUGGAGAUUUUGGAGUUGCCCCAGUUGAUGGACACAUGUAUUUAUCAAGGUAAAUACGAAGAAGCUCUUGAACUAGCUGCUCAUGUUCAACGGAUGGGCGCAAAACACGGUGACAUUCCAGUCAUUAAUAACAUUGUGACAACAAUCGAAGGGUCAUGGCAUACAAUGUUAGAACAAUUGUUAGCUCAAUUACGCACGGACUUACAAUUACCAAAGUGCCUUCAAAUCGUCGGAUACUUGAGGCGAAUGCAAGCAUUCUCAUUGCCGGAGCUAAAGUUAAAAUUUCUACAGGCACGUGACAGUUGGUUUUGUUCAAUUUUAAAUAGCAUUCCAAAGGAUGAUCCGCAACAUCAUCUAAUGAAAACGAUCGAACUAAGCCGUGUCAAUUUGUUCAACAUUAUAACGCAAUAUAAAGCCACAUUUGCUGAUGAUGACAGUUUACUUGAUGCGACCGAUUCGAAUGAGUCUGGAAAUAUAUUCCAUGCAUGGAUUAAUACAAAAAUUAAUCAUUUCCUGGCAACACUUGAAUCAGAUUUGAAUAAUGGUGAACUCACAUCAAUUGAAGCAGUUUUGGGUCAAUGUAUGUACUUUGGUCUUUCGUUCAGCCGCGUCGGCGCUGAUUUUCGAACACUAUUGAUACCAAUUUUCGUAAAAGUGAUUGCGAAAAAUUUCAAUUCACGCAUUUCCAAAGUGACCGACCAAUUCGAAUUAGACAUGGAUAACUAUACAUUUAUCAAUAAAAUAUCGAUCAAUGUUUUGAGUGCAAUUGGCAAAGCAGAUCCAUAUAGUUUAUCGCCACCCGAAACAUUGUUAAAUUUUCAACCAUUGGCAUUGUAUUGCAAUGGAAUUUUGAGUGCAUUAAAUGAAUUUCGUAACUGUGCCCCAAUCGCUCUGGUGAAUGAGGUUACAAUUCGGCUGGAGCAUUCUUUGAAAGUUGUCGCAAAUAACAUUUCAAAAUUCUAUCGACAAGAGCAACAAGCACUAGGUGCCAAGGAGCGUGAUAAUUUUAUCAAAUUUUGCUGUGCAUUUGCCUAUGAUUUAACACCAUACAUUCAACGAUGCAUUCAUGAUGUGUUCCCAAUUGCAUUGCUUACGAGUCACUUGUACAUCAAUGCCAUUUCAUUGCAGAAGAGUGGAAUGUCCUAUUUGAAUAAGAAAAAAAUUCUGGAACCAUUAGAGUACCUGUUGCCCGACAAAGUUGAAGCAAUCGUUAAAGAAGUCGCCGAACAAAUACCGCCUGUGCCAAAAAAAAUAACCGAAAUAAAUGAUGACAAGAUUUUGCGUACUGAAACAACAACAUCUCGACAGGAAUAAAAUUCCAAAUGUUAAUGUUACUUUUUAGAAAUAAAACAGAAGCGAAUAAAAGAAAAUGUUUUUUUUAUGUCUUUAUGCUGCUUAU